AUGCCUGGGCCAGUUGCGAAGUCUAUCCGAAAGGCGCAGCUAUCUGAAGUAUCCAACUUCCGCAAGAACGACAAGAAUAGAGUACGAAUGAUGAUCCAGAAGUCUCGGUUGCUGUAUGGCGUUUGCGAUCCGUUUCAGGUCCUCAAGGAGGGCCAAGUCCAUAUCCGCAUUACUACGGCUCGCAAGGGCCCGUCGACGCCUCUCAACUGCAGUGUACUCGUAGUACGAAAUCCCUGUCUUCACCCAGGUGAUUGUCUGAAGCUGCGUGCAGUAGAAUGCAGCCCGCUCUCGCACCUAGUGGAUUGCAUCGUCUUCGCUUCGGUGGCUCGCCCUGGACAUCACGCAGCUCCGUCCAUGAGUAGUGGGGGAGACCUUGACGGCGACAAAUUCUUUGUUUGCUGGGAUCCUGACUUGGUUCCAGCGAAGGUUGCUGAGUCUUACGAUUAUCCUCCAAACAAAGAACAGACGAGAAGAGAGGUCUCGCGCCUUGAUCUUGCAAAACACUUCGCUGCUUACAAUGGUGUCGGCCUAGCCAAGGUGGCAUCCCUUCACAACAAAUGGGUCCGCGCGAGUGCAAAAGGUGCCAUGAGCCCCGAAUGCCAAGAACUCAACGCGCUUCACUCACAAUCGGUCGAUGGCGCUCGAGUCAAGAUCCCUGAUAGAUUGCUAACGCCCCCAGAACCUGAGGAACCAUUCGUCAUCGAGGUCCUGGCCAACGCAGCGGCUGAAUUUGCGAUUGGGUUCUCCGAGUCGGAAUCAUCUCGCACACAACUAUCCACCGUAGACGAGGUGGAUGCCAGAAAUAUCAUAACUGGUCUCCUCAAAAGCAAACAGAAUGCGCUAUCUGAGUAUGAGCUGUUCAAUAUGGUGCUUCGUCACUCCAGGAAACACUCAAUUGAUGUGUAUACAUGUCUUUCCUACCUUGACAUGGGCGCCCUUUCGGCCUCUGAAAAGUACGCUAUCAUGGCAUCCCUUAAUCCGGGACCGGGCAGAACUCGCGAUACCGAGGCGUGGAUGUUCAACUCCCUCUUCCGCUCCGAUAUAUUGACUUCCCGGGAUCUCUAUCAGCGCAACCUCAGCCAACCAUUCUCAAUUCAACGCUUCUACUCGUCGAAACUCAGCGGCAUGUCUACCUUCUUCAAGUACUUGCAUAUGGCGACACAAGAUUUCACAAGAAAAUUACUUCUCUUGAAGACUGACGAUCGAUUCGCUAUUGGGGUCUUCAUGCGAGGACAGAUUGCCUGGGACGAGGAUCCCGAAGUCAACGAGAAUGUCGUUGUCUGUUCCUUCCUGCCGCAUGGAACAUCGAAUAUGUCGACGUAUCGCCCUUGCAACCCAGGAUAUAGGCUUCACUGUAGCGAUGCUAAUCUCCAACUCUACAACAAACAUAGAGGGGACACGUUCAUUUUCAUGACGAAACCUCCUGCUGCCUCUGGUGCUGAAAUAGCUGUUAGUAUUGCGUUGCAAAAGAUAUCUGCGCCAGUGCAACGACAACUCGGGCGCCUCAACCGUGCACCAGUGAUCGACAUAGAGAUACAUGUUGUUUCGAACAGAGACCGCGUAGCUCAUCAACUCUUUGAUCUUUGGUUUGAACACGUGCCCACGGAAGAGCAUCUCAAACGUUUUGAGCGGGAGAAGACUACAUAUGAACGGAAUAACUUAAAGCAAAUGAACUGGGAGGAGCACCCCUGGCUGCGGUCUUUCUUCCAACCUGGAUUAUCCCCCGCCGAUGUCGAAGAUCUCCUUCCAGAAAGAAGCCCGAUUGAAAUUGACCUCGUCAUGAAAACCGCGAUCAGCUACCAUGCCGAAGAGACCCUUUUCUUUACUUUCAACUCUGUCAUUGCUCGGAAACCGAUUCAAGAGGACUUUGCUGUUUACUGGCUUGACCAAUGCCCCCCGUUGGCCUUCUCCCUUCUCAAAGCAUUUCCACCUCACGAGGCUAGUCAAGAAAUACACGAAGAUUUGACGGGGUUGGCAAUUCCCAUAUUGCAAUGCAUGGUGCGGUCUGCAAACGAUCUUCGUAUCGCCGUACUUGUGGGAUUGGAAAAGCUGGCCUUGACCAUCGCACGGAUCAGUCUAGCGGACUACCUGGACCUCUUGAUGCUAGCAGCAUUAUCUAUUCGUGCGCCACAGUUAUUACAGGAAGUUCUUCUGGUAUUACACGAUUCACGACCCAGCGAACCUCUUUCUCUUUCUCACGCUCAGCGGCAUGGUCUCGCGGUUUCUUUCGACAGAGCAGAGGAGGCUGCAGACGAAUGUCCGUGCGACGACGAAGGGAAACCAAAGCGCCAACGCACGCCUCCGACCGUUGUGAAAUUGACGGCAACCGAGACAUAUAACCAUGUCAAAGCUGCAAUACGUGUUGACGACAGAUCUUCCGGAGUGCGUCUCCAUUCGCACGUACGUCUGCAGGCCGCUUCCCACCCCGACCGUGGAUGGGUUUCACCCCCGAUAGUCGACGGCAUCGCGAUCCAGUCCUUGAAAGGCGAGCUCAAAAUAGAAGUUCAACAGCCGCUUCCGCCAGAAGCGACGAGGAUGUCGUGGAAGAUGUACAAUGCUGGCAGCAUAGCCACGGCUAAAGCAAUGAUGGACGCUCUCCUGCGGCUAGCGACGGACGGCGCUGAGAGCUGCCUGUUCCAUGGUCAUAUAACUGGUGCCGACGUUGGCGGCGACGAGACAGCCCCGCAGGCAGCGCUUGCCGGGACACCCAUAGAGGGACUUAAUCGCAGCCAGUCGGAUGCCGUCCACGCCUCUGAUGCACCCUUGUCUCUCAUCUGGGGACCCCCUGGUACUGGGAAAACCACAGUAGUCAUCCGAAUCCUCGAAAAGCUUUUGCAAAAUGUCAACAAUGAGGCCAAGAUCCUAAUGACAGCGUCUACUCACAACGCGGUCGAUAAUGUCUUAGAGCGCUUCGUCGUCCUUAACAAGAAAGCCCACCUUCUGACGGAGGACCAGAUCCUUCGGGUGGCGACCGACCAAUCGAAGGUCAACAAAUCACUGCAGCAUUACACCAUCGACGCACGGGUGGGCGGAGACUUGAACGAGAACAACAAACUGGCUAAGCAAGCACUAGCUAGAGUAAAAUCCGCGGUUAUCGUUUUCACGACUUGCGCAGGCGCCGGGCUGGGUAUCUUGCGGAAGGUCGACUUCGAGAUCGCGUUAAUAGACGAGGCGUCGCAGAUUACUGAGCCCUGCGCGUUGAUACCCCUCGUGAAAGGUGUCAAAAGAGCAGUACUUGUCGGCGACCACGUGCAACUUCGCCCAACUGUUCGGCACAUGGCAAAGGCUUUGGAGUACGAUGUCUCUCUAUUUGAGAGGCUAUAUACGGGGCCAACCCUCCCCAUGAUGUCCCGCACAAUGCUGGAUGUGCAAUACCGAUUCCCCACAGAGCUUGCUGCAUUUCCGUCAGCAGAGUUCUACGAAGGGAAAUUGCAGAGCGCAAUCACGAAUAGUCAGGAGGUACUAGGACGACUAGAGGGUUCAUCUUUUCCUUGGCCACGUCGCAAUGGCUAUAUCUUCCCGACCGUGUUCAUACAAUGCUCGACGGAAGAAGAUCUAGGUGGAGCGUCGAAAGCGAACACCGGGCAAGUGGAAAUAACGAAACAUGUCAUAUCCCUCCUCACUUCCUACUCUACCGGUUCGGAGGAGGACAAUAAUCGGCUGCAGGCGCUGAAGAUCACGGCGCUUUCUCCAUAUUCAAAGCAAGUAAAAAUGCUGCAGCAUAGUCUCCCAUCUGCGGUUGACGCCUUCACAAUCGACUCGUAUCAGGGCCGGGAGAGUGAUAUCAUUAUUUUCUCCAGUGUCAGGUGCAACGUUGAAGCCGAUAUCGGAUUUGUCGACGAUGCGAGGAGGCUCAAUGUGAUGUGGACGAGAGCGAGGUUGGGGUUGAUCAUCGUCGGGGACAGGCGUACCAUGAGCAGCAAUCCGAUGUGGAAGAGGGCCAUCGACGCUUGCAUGGAGGCUGAAGUUAAGAUUGAGCAAGCAGUGGGCUAG